CUGCUCUGUCACAUGUGCUCCGGCGGCGGGACCUCGAACGACGACAGCGCCACAACUCAAUCGGCCUCGACACCGCCACAGCUCUCGAUCUGCAACAUGACGUACUCGUCCUCCAUCACGACGCCGCACUUUCGAUCGGCGCGAAACAACAGCAUCGACUUCGAAGAGAGCUUCAAGGCACUGGUCAAACAAACCAUGGAGAAGCGCUGCACAGUCCUAAACACCAGCCCACACGACGUGGCGAUAAGUCUCCACUGGCGUCGCGACUAUGGCACGGCAACGAGCCAGCCGAUCGCGAUUCACUUUGGCCACCGACGAACACUGUCUUUUGAGGAAGCCUUGGCAGCGCAGGACAUGACACCAUCGCCCUCGACGCCGUCGCCUCGCUCCGUGGGUGCAUGCCAGUUGGACGACCACGACGACGAUGACAUCUUUGUCAUGGAGCUCUAGUCGUUGUGUUCCAAGGAGUAUUUAAACAGAUUUUAAAGAGCAAAUGUAGACCAUAUAUGUCAGUGUUUUUUGACGAGUAGCUGGUGCCGCCUCG